UCGGCCACAAGUCCAGACCUCUGAAUUGAAGAGCCUGCCUUUGGCUGCGACAGCUGGUACUCAGACUCUCGACGGUGUCCCUGCUGCCGCUGAAGAUGGAACAAUUGCCCCGCGAGAGCCACCAGGAGCGCGCUUGUUCCCAUAUGGUGACCACAACCAGGAGCUCCUUUGCGGCUACUUUCACGUCCAGAUCCAACACGCUCGCCUACGACAAAGAAUUUCUGAAGACGAUUCCUGGAGUCCUUAUGGUGGUUGAGAUAGUAUUAGGCUUGCUAGUGUGGAUGUUGAUUAUUGGAACUGACUAUUUUCUGUACCCUGUCUUUGGAUGGAUAAUGUUUGUGGCUAUAUUUUACUGGAUUCUUACACUCUUUUUUUUGAUCAUCUAUAUGACAAUGACCUAUACGAGGAUACCUCAAGUGCCAUGGACCACAGUUGGUCUGUAUUUUAAUGGCAGUGCCCUUCUCUUGUACUUAAUUGCUGCUAUUUCCGAAGCAUGUGCAGUCACCAAAGAACCUGACUACCACAAUUACAAUAGUUGGGCAAUAUCUUCGUUCUUUGCUUUCAUUGUUGCUUCCUGCUAUGGUGGAAAUACCUACUUUACUUUUGUAUCUUGGAGAUCACGGACCUUGCAAUAAAUAUUAUCUUCUAAUAAAAGAAUUCUGCAUGUAAAUGUUAUAUAAUUUUGAUGAAACUAUUUAAGUAAUGUGGUUUCACUCAAAAAUAAAAACAAAUAAUUCUUUUUGAAAAUUAUGGAAAGGAUAGCUCACCUGACCGAAAUUGUUCUACACAAGUUCUUAUUAACUUCUUCAUUUGAAUUAAUCAUUGUGACAACGCUCAGUUACCACAAACAAGAAGCAGAAGGCAGAAAUGAUAUAGGAGGGAAGAGAAGAAAGCAUGGAAGUGGUUUAAUGUUGUUUGCACUGGGGGCACUUCCAUACAGUAUUGUGCCCCUUUGAAAGCUGCUCCAGAUCUCAGGAUUCUUAUCAAUAGUGUUGGAGACCAUUGUACAACCAGGGCUGCUAUCUGAUGGGACUGAUUUAAAAUCUGAAAACUUUUGUAACAUGAAAAAUAUGUAUCCUCAGAUAAAAUACUAUAACUAAAAUGUUACUCUUUGUAUCAACUCAUAUAAUUUCCUUAGUGUAUAGUGUUGUAACAAAUCAGUACAGUUGUUUCUUCAUGAAUGUUUUUGUUUAAGCAUGCAUUUAUUAGAAAAAUCUACUGUUUUAUAGAACCUUCUAUUUCUUGCAAAUGUGUAUAACCUUUCAAGACUGUAGAUUUCGAUAUAAAUGGGAAUAGUUAAUAAUUCAUUGGGGUACAUACAUUUAGGGAAGCAAUUGAAUAAAAAAUGCAUUACUAUAAUAAUCUUGCACAAGUCUGUAGUGUGAUUGCAUUUAAAAUACUGUGUUCCAUUCUAGUAAUUGGACCUCACUUUAGAUCUGGAAAAGAUGCAGAAAAAAAGAAUU